AUGCCUCCCGACCACCAGACCCAACUCUUCGGUGUUCAGCGACCGCUCUCCACGCGCGUUCAACUCUCCCGCCAAGAAAUCCAACUUCUCCGUGAAAUUGUAACAUACGCCUCCGUUAUACCCGAAACCACUCCCUGGAAUGCGCUCUUUCAUGCCUACGAUGCCAUUCUCCGGAAGAAAGGAAUCGAUGCUGCUCUGGAUGAUAGGUGCUUCCGUUUUCUUAUGCGACUUGCUGAAGUCCAGGGCACCUCCUGGUACGACAGAUACGCUACUCUACUCUCCAUGUGGCGUUAUGACGUUCCUCCCAAAACUAUACUCUCCCCGAUGAACGACCCUAUAUCUUAUUCCUCAGGCCAGAUUUCCACGAAUGUUGGUCCGUUCACCAUUACUUUCAAAGGAAGUCGCAAAACAAACCCAUAUGGGGAUGGCUUCAAACCACUCCCUAGUCCUCGAGUCCGAGACCUAGACGACGAUGACAGCGAAGGUGACGAAGAGGGGGUGGAAGCCGAAGAAGAAGAAGCCGACGAUGAUUAUGACGACGACGACGACGACAGCGACGAAGAACUACCACUGCCCCCUAGAAAUACGGAAUCUAGGAAAGGAAACAUUCGAGUCAAAGAUGGUAGAAGCAGUCCACACCCGAGCCUUCUUCAAAGAAAGAAACUCCCACCAACUGACGGGGAGAAGCGCAAGAGGGAAGAACUUGAGAAGAUGAAGGCGGAAUUUGCAUUCCCGACAUCUCUCUUCGAAACCACCUCGGAAGCAGGAUUACGCCCUGCUGACGAAAUGGAGACCGCCCCUACUCGGGCAUCUUUCUUGAACCAGGAGGAUUUUGAGGAUCAAAAUGAUGUGCUUGAAAGCCCUGAGCAGACAGCUUACAUUCCACCAAUCAGAGGCAAGGCUGGCUUGGUCGCAGCAGCUGAGAAGGCCGUUGCUAGAUUCAACAGUCGACGGAUAACCUUUGCCGGGGAUAUAUUAAAGCAUUGGAGGAUGCGCACCUAUAAGGUUGCCGAUUAUCAUCAAUUACAGUGGGACUUGGCCUGUUGUAAGGAUCAACGAGUUCUCGCUUCCCAAGUUUUGGAUGUAUGGAGCACGGGUGUUUAUUGGAAAUCUCUCGAAAGAAGGGUCACAAUACGGCGGCAGCGAGCUAUACUACUACGCUGCGUCGAAAUCUGGAGGACGAAGGCACUAUUCAAAGCCCAGCGCAAAGCUACUAUCGACCGUAAUAUGUUGAUGCGCAAGGUUUUUAGGGCCUGGAAAGCACAUGCACAGUCCACCACAGAUAAAAUUCGACAGUUCCAGCUGGCCAACUUUGUCCGAAAAUGGAGGCAGCGGCUUUCCCAGAAUCACGCGAUGGAAGAGGUUGCCCGACGGCGCUACGACAGCGACCUCAAGUUCCGGGCCUACUGGACUUUGUUCUAUGGAUACUGCAAUAUAAGAGCUCCGCAGUUGAAUGAACUCCGUCUCAAAAGGUUUGCAGUCCAGCUUUUGCAAAGCCGGAUCGAGACACUUCGGGAAAACGAGAGAAUCGCUGAUGAUCUAUACUGCUUUUCGCUCCUUAAGAAGUAUUUUCGCAUGUGGCACAGUGAUCUUGUGUGGACUCAGGAUAUUGCGGCUAAAGCUGACGAAGAACGACGGUAUAUGUUGCUCUACAAGGGUGUUCUCACUUGGAGGCGAGAGGCGAGAUACGCCCCACUAGUUCGCCAGCAACAAGACAAUCACGAUGUCAAUCAAGCUACUGCCUUGAUCGCGCUGUGGAGGAAUCGUUUACGGCAGAUUAAAGCUGCAGAUCAUGUCAACAAAAUCAACGUGCUUAAAACGAUGUUCCGAUCUUGGAGGCUUAAGUUGAGGCUGAAAGAACACGAGAACUACGUUAAAUCAAUGUACCUAAGUGCAUGGUUUGAUCGAUAUAGCGCGGCCUUGGCAGAUAGAUGCUAUCAAUACCACGUGUGGAGACAGUGGUUACAGGGAUGGCGAAGUCGUUUGCAGACUCUGAAGGACUGUGAGGCCGUCGCAAAUGAUUUUGUAGACUCGGGGGUACACAGCAAGCUUAAACUUGCGGGUGUCCAGGCCCUUCGGACGAGGCUCUACAGAAUGCAGGAAUCGGAGGCUAAAGCGAAUGAAUUCAGGAGAAGACGGCUAUUGACUGCGGCAUUCAGAAGUCUACUGGGGGAGAAGGAAAAAGUUGAUCAGCUGAAUACGGUAUCUGCGUCUGCUGCCUACUUUCUUGGUGCGAAGAAAUUGGUUAAAGUUUGGCAACAGACGAUGGACAAGCAUAAGCGGCAACAUCGGAAAGAUGCCUAUAAUCAGGUUGUUCACAAUCGAGCACUUCGAAUCAGGGCGCAGGCUUUCGGCGCCUUGCUAAUGAAGCAUGAGUCCGUUGAGGCUUUGAAAGUUACUGCACAUGACUUUUUUGAGUCCGGCUGUAAGGUUCAAGCUGGAAAUCUGCUCGUCGAAUGGAAGGAACGGACGCAUGAUAUCCGAGAGCUCCAGUCUCAUGCUGCCGAGUUUCGGCAGAGCCAGUUGAUGUCAUUUGGGUUAGAGGCGAUGGCGAAGAAACUUCAAUCUGUCCGUAACCUAUAUCAUCUUGCGGAAACCUAUAAUGAGAUUUCUCGGAAAGAUAGAUUGGGUGGCAUGUUCAAAAAAUUGAAGAACGCACAAUUCCAUCGCAAGCUCGAAUCUUUUAGGGCCGACAUGUUCCGAGAGCGGGCGGAUGCCAAUCGUCGGAAAUCUAUAAUCCGGUCUUGGUACUGGGCAUCCCAAGAAAGGGUCGACCGUCGAAACAUUAACGAUCAGCUGAACCGGGAGAUCUUCUUGGAAGAGGAGAGGCAGAUCGAGGAGCAUAGGCGAAUGGAAGCGGCAGAGGACCAGCUUGCUCGGGAACAGCGUAUUAACACCCGCCGCCGGGACUACGGAAGAUCGGAAGCGGGAGAAAGAUCCAUCCUUGGCCCUGAAGGUCUCAGCAUGUUAGAUGUUAGCCAAUGGGUAAACUCCAACUCAACUGCUGCCACCCAACAACCACCCAGCACUGUAGCUCGAAUACCUCAAACCCCUAGUGCGAGAGCGGCUCGAGCACGGGCUUUAUUGGAAACACGCAAUACGGCAGCCCCUAUAACAAGGCUGAAACUAGUCUCGACAACCCCAGUGUCGUCUCCAUCUCGCAAGUUCUCAAAGAGUAUUGCGCCUUUCCGACGUAGUGUGUACGGAAAACCUGCCGACCUUCGGUUCACUCAAUCGCUUAGUAGUCGGUUACGACAGGAGAUCAAGGAAGUUGACGAAGAGGAUGAGCCUUCUAUUGCCCUCUUAAAGAGGAUAGAUUGGGAUGAGAAUGAACAGCUUCCAAACGUCUACGAGGCUGAUGAUUCGCACCUCAAAAUGAGUGGCGGCAGUACUACGGCAGUUGCGACACACGAUUCGCCGGGGCGGUGA